UGGGAGGUCUCACUUGCCUGGUUCGAAGUUCAGCCUUUAAAUAAACCUUACAAGGGAACUUUGUUCAUCCAGCUUUCCAGAGCUUUCCAGCAGACAGCAGCACUCAGGGGGCUUUAGCCGAAGAACCAAAAGGACUAGGAAAUCUCGGAGAGUUAGUGAAGGAGAGCAGAAUGACAAAGGCAAAAGUUGACAUCACUUUGACAAAAUUUCAAGGAUUAUGGCGCCCCCUUCUACUGGAACCAUGUGGGUAGGCAAACUGCUGGUCGUCACGCUCCUGGCCGUUGUCGCAGUGGCUGAGGAGAAACUGAGCGAGCACACUGCUGCUCUGGCAGAUAGCAGCAUCAAGCUGGGUCUGAGCCUCUACCACACCAUGGCCAAGGACAAGGGCGCUGAGAACAUCCUCCUCUCUCCUGUGGUGGUCGCCUCUUCCCUCGGCCUGGUGUCCCUUGGUGCCAAGGAGCCGACAGCCAGUGAGGCCAAGGCGGUGCUGGACAUGGGCAAGGUGCAAGAUGACAAGCUCCACUCGGCACUGUCCCAGCUCCUCACCGAGGUCAGCAAUUCCACUGCGCGCAACGUGACCUGGAGGAUGGGCAGCCGGCUGUAUGGGCCAACCUCGGUCAACUUUGCCGAUGACUUUGUGAAGAAGAGCAAGAAGCACUACAAUUACGAGCCCUCUAAGAUCAACUUCCGGGACAAGAAGGGAGCCUUGAAGUCCAUCAAUGAGUGGGCGGCAGAGACGACUGAUGGCAAAGUUGCCGAGGCAACCAAAGACCUGACAAAAACCGAUGGAGCUAUGAUCAUCAACGCCAUGUUCUUCAAACCUCACUGGGAUGAGCAAUUCCAUCACAAGAUGGUGGACCAGCGCAGUUUCAUGGUGAGCCGGUCUCUCACGAUUGGGAUCGACAUGAUGCAUCGUACAGGUCUUUAUAACUUCCAUAAGGAUGAAACCAACCAGGUGAAUGUGUUGGAGAUGCUCCUGGCCCACCAGUUAUCCAGCAUGGUCUUCAUCAUGCCAUACCAUGUGCAGCCUCUGGACAAGCUGGAGAAACUGCUGACCAAGGAACAGAUCAAAACCUGGCUGGGCAAGCUUCAGAAACAGGCUGUCGCCAUCUCCUUGCCAAAAGUCAAGCUGGGGGUUAGCCACGAGCUGCAGAAACAUCUGGCCAGCAUUGGUCUGGCCACAGCGGUUGACAAGACCAAAGCCGACUUGUCGAAGAUCUCUGGGAAGAAGGACCUGUACCUGGCCAAUGUCCUCCACGCUGCUGCGCUAGAAUGGAGUACAGAUGGAAACCCCUAUGAUGCGUACAUCUACGGGCGGGAGGAGCUGAAGAACCCCGAAAUCUUCUACGCCGAUCAUCCAUUCUUCUUCCUGGUCAAGGACAAGAGGACAAACUCCAUCCUCUUCAUUGGGCGACUGGUGAAGCCCGAAGGCAGCAAGAUGCACGAUGAACUGUAGCCACUGAAUGGUUUCGGUGCUGAAGAAUGUAGCUGAUGCUCAAAUUGCAAUGUGUCUUUAAGUUGUUUUUUUUUCCCCAAAAAAAAGUCAACUAUUCUAUCUUGCAGAUUUGACAUCCUGUCUUUGGGUUAGAGCGUUAGGUGUUUUAGAGAAUGACCAUCUCCAAUUGCCCCUUUUGUUGGGAUAUUGUCAGCCUGUUUGUCCCAAACCCCCGUCUAUACAUUGGUUGGGCUCUCUGGCUCCAGUGAAAUUGUAUUAUUGCUUCCACCUCUCAAUGUUUGUACUUUCAGCCAUUAGCAGGAAUAGGAUCAAACACGAUAUAGAAUCAAAUCAAACUAAAAGCAUAAGAACAGGCCAUUCAGCCUAUCUAGUUUCUGCCAGCAGGUAUGCCCUCCCCAAGAGUCUGCUCCUACUCUUCUCAGUCUCCCCCAUUCAUUUCUCCUUCCUCUCUCCACCCACCUCCCCUUUAAAUGCAUUCCUGUAAUCCACCUCAACCACUCCAUUUGCAUUCUAACUUUUCCCUGAGUAAACACGUCCUCCCUGAAUUCCCAAUGCAUUCUUUAAGUUGAUGUCCUAUACUGUUUUGACACAAUGCGUUGACCACUUCUGGAAUUUCUUCUUGUCCAUGGGAUGUGGAUGUCAUUGGCUGGGUCAGCAUUUGUUCUUCAGAUUUAAUUGCCCCAUGAGAAGGUGGGGGUGAGCUGCCUUCUUGAACCGCUGCA